AUGGCAGCGCUUACCGAUAUAGUGCAGCAGAGAUCUUCAUUUUUGCAUGUGGAAGAAGUUCAUACACUGCGUGCAAACACAUUGAAGACUCGUAGAAGGGAUCUUGCGGCUGUUCUUCUCAAUAGGGGAGUAAACCUUGAUGCAAUAGGGAAGUGGUCCAAGGUUGGUUUAGUUGUUUAUGAUUCACAAGUGCCUAUUGGUGCAACACCUGAGAUUAUGGCCGGCCACUACAUGAGACAAGGUGCAAGUUCAUUUCUUCCUGUUAUGGCCCUUGCUCCUCAAGAGAGGGAGCGAAUUGUUGACAUGGCUGCCGCACCAGGUGGAAAGACAACAUUCAUUGCUGCUCUCAUGAAGAAUAUUGGAAUAAUUUAUGCAAAUGAAUUCAAGGAAAAGCGGCUCAAGUCUUUAAGAGCUAAUAUCCAUCGCAUGGGUGUGACAAAUACUGUUUUAUGCAACUAUGAUGGAAAAGAGCUGCCCAGAAUCUUGGGAUUCAAAUCUGUUGAUAGGGUAUUGUUGGAUGCUCCAUGCAGUGGUACUGGGAUCAUAUGGAAUGAACAAUCUGUCAAAACCUCCAAAUCCAUUGAAGAUGUUCGAAAAUGUGCUUUUCUGCAGAAGCAACUGAUUCUAGCUGCAAUUGAUUUGGUUGAUGCUAAUUCAAAAUCUGGAGGAUAUAUAGUAUACUCAACCUGCUCCAUGAUGGUUGACGAGAAUGAGGCUGUGAUAGACUAUGCUCUUAAGAGGAGAGAUGUGCAGGUUGUACCCUGUGGUUUAGAUUUUGGUCGCCCUGG